GCCCGCAGAGCCCGGAUGCGGGUGACGUGCGGCCGCCAUCUUCCCAUCCCGGACAGCCAGCGCCGGUCGGAGCCAGCGCAAGUCGCCCCUGCCGCCGCCGUUGCCGCCGCCACCACCGCCGCCAUCACUGCGGCUGCCAAGUCCUCUGCCCGCUGCCUCCGCCAUGUCUGCUACCGCUGCCACCGCCCCCCCUGCCGCCCCGGCUGGGGAGGGUGGCCCCCCUGCGCCCCCUCCAAACCUCACCAGUAACAGGAGACUCCAGCAGACCCAGGCCCAGGUGGAUGAGGUGGUGGACAUUAUGAGGGUGAAUGUGGAUAAGGUCCUGGAGCGGGACCAGAAGCUCUCAGAGCUGGAUGACCGCGCAGACGCACUCCAGGCAGGGGCCUCCCAGUUUGAAACAAGUGCAGCCAAGCUCAAGCGCAAAUACUGGUGGAAAAACCUCAAGAUGAUGAUAAUCUUGGGAGUGAUCUGCGCCAUCAUCCUCAUCAUCAUCAUCGUUUACUUCAGCACUUAAAUCCCUGAGGAGUCAGCCCUGCCUAGAGAAGGGCCUCUCCCCCACCCCCAGCCGUUCCUCCACCUCUCAGCCAUAUCUUUCAGCCCCCUCCCCUGGAUCCGUGUGUGUGUGUGUGUCCGUGUGUGUGCCCCCCUGUAAAUAGCCAGCUGUUAUUUAUACAUAUAUAAUAUUAUAUAUAUUUGGUCUGUUUGUAGUUUUAUUACUAGAAGAUUUUUCCGGUUGUCCUUAACACCCCUUCCUGAGGUUCCUGUCAUCUAUCUUUCCUUAUCUUUCCCCCUCUUCCUGACCAACCCCAAGUCCCUUCAUUUGCAUCUGCUAUGCAAUAUUCCCUCUCCUCUCUUCUCCUUUAACUGAUGCCCCAUGCCUCCCCUCCAUGCAAAAUCCCCCCAAAUAAAAAGCACCUGUCCAGGCCUCCUUAGGUGCAUCUUUGCAUCCAUUGGUAGGCUCUGAGACUGGCCCUACUUGGUCCUAAGAUUCCCAAGGUUUGGGAGCUUCCAGCGUGUUAAUUAGCAUACAUUUGCAUACCGACAGCCUUUUUUUAAAAUUUAAUUUUAGUUCUGUCACUCUUCUAUCUGUGUUUCUUUUUUUUUUGUACUGGGGAUCAAACUCGGGACCUUGCACUUGUGAGGCAGGUGCUGGAACCACUGAGCUAAAUCUCUGGCCCAUGUGUUUCUUUUUUACUGAGGAGUUAGUACCUAUUGGUCCUCUAUCACACUUUCAUUUGCACGACAUUACUUGCAGGUGGAGGGGAGCCUGGGCUUUUGGGGAAUCAGACUGUUCUGGUCCCCAGACUUGCCCCCUCCCACACCCUCUAGUCCAGUUUGCCUCUCCUACCCCCAUUUCCCAACCUCUUGUACCCUCCUCUCCCUGCCCCCAGCUGGUGUGUAAGUGUCUUGGAGUUUAGUGUGCUGUGAUGGACCAAUAAUUCUGCCACUUGGGGUCUCUCCCUACAUUCCUGCUCCCCGGUUUUCAUGUGGGGCACUCAGUUGACAUUCCCAUGGGGUCUCCCUCCCUUCCAUCUGCCUGAUCCACCUCCUCCUCCCACCAGGAGAGUUGGGGGUUGGCCACAAUCUGAUUUCUUUUGGGAGGGGUGGCUGCCAGUAUGUGUGUGGGGGGGUCAUCACUGCCUUGGGGAGGAGUGGGGCAGGGUAGAGAAUCCCCCCAAUUCCUGCCUGAAAUCUCUGGCCUCACCCUGCUGGAGGUUGGAGGUUGGACUGAAAACCUUCCUCCCCAAUUUGGGGGGUGUUGCCCCCAUCACUGCCCAGCUCCUCUGACUGCCCCCCCCCCCCGUAUUCAGGGUGGGGGUACAGAGUGGGGGUACUAGUCACUGCCAAUGUGUGUAUGGGACUUGCUGGAUGAUGGAGAUUCUCACCCCUCUCCAGGGCUGCUGAGCCCAGAGAGAGGGAGAGGGAGAGAGGGAAAGAAAGAGUUGUCCCCUCAUUAGGUGAAGUGACAGAGCAAAGGUCUAAUGUCUUUUUAAAUGGCACAAUUUUAGGGGUCUGAGGGAUGCAGUCCUUUAACCUGCCACUGGAGGGGGCCCCCAAUAUCUUCCUCCCACACUCCAGGUUUUCUGUGUGGAGGGGGAGCAGGGAGAUCUAAAUUGUGGUGUGAAAAGGUAGGAGAGAUGCUGGGGGUGGAGGUGCUGUGUUCUAGACCCCUCCAUAUUAUCCCAGUGUCCCCUGCCUUCCCUCUUCCCUCACCCCUAUGCCCCCAAUUCUGUGGCGCAUCCAGAUUGUGAAAAUGUACAAUAAAUGUGUAAUGAAUAACCA